GUCCCCUCCCACGCCCCAGCAGCGCGCUCACUGUGGAAUAGUGGCAGUAUAAAGUAUAUCUUUCAUCGGAGAGCGAUAAGAAGCGCCAGGCUCGAGGGGAUGAAGAUGGCGGACGCCAAGCAGAAGAGGAACGAGCAGCUGAAGAGGUGGAUAGGGUCGGAGACGGACCUCGAGCCGUCCGUGCUGAAGAAGAAGAAGACGAAGGUGAAGUUCGACGAUGGCGCCGUGUUUCUGGCCGCCUGCUCGAGCGGCGACACGGAGGAGGUGCUGCGAAUGCUCGACCGCGGCGCGGACAUCAACUACGCUAACGUGGACGGGCUCACCGCCCUGCACCAGGCCUGCAUAGAUGAUAAUGUGGACAUGGUGACCUUCCUGGUGGAGCAUGGGGCUUGCAUCAACCAGCCCGACAAUGAGGGCUGGAUCCCCCUUCACGCCGCUGCCUCCUGCGGAUACAUUGACAUCGCCGAGUAUCUUAUCAGUCAAGGUGCAAAUGUCAGUGUAGUAAACAGUGAGGGAGAAACGCCAUUGGAUAUCGCAGAGGAGGGGGCCAUGGAGGAGCUUCUGCAAAACGAGAUCAACCGGCAAGGCAUUGAUAUCGAGGCGGCCAGGAAAGAGGAGGAGCGGAUCAUGCUACGGGAUGCGCGACAGUGGCUUAACAGCGGCCAGAUCAAUGACGUUCGGCACACCAAGUCUGGGGGGACUGCACUGCACGUUGCUGCAGCCAAGGGAUACACUGAGGUUUUAAAGCUUUUAAUCCAAGCAGGGUAUGAUGUAAAUAUUAAAGACUAUGACGGCUGGAGUCCGCUCCACGCUGCUGCACACUGGGGCAAAGAAGAGGCUUGCCGGAUACUGGUAGAGAAUCUGUGUGAUAUGGACGUCCUCAAUAAAGUGGGUCAGACUGCAUUUGAUGUAGCUGAUGAAGAUAUCUUGGGUUAUUUAGAAGAGCUGCAAAAGAAACAGAAUCUGCUUCUGAGUGAAAAGAAGGAUGUUAAGAAGUCCCCUUUGAUUGAAACUGCCACCACUGGGGACAAUAAUCAAUCUGUGAAAACACUGAAGAGUAAAGAAACGCUUCUGGAGCCAGAGAAGACUGCCCCACCAAUCGAGACUCUGGAGCCAGAGAAGGUGGAUGAAGAAGAGGGCGAGGGAAAGAAAGAUGAGUCCAGCUGCUCUAGUGAGGAAGAGGAGGAGGAAGACUCAGAGUCUGAAAACGAAGCAGACAAAACUAAGUCUUCUGUACCGACGAGCAAUUCCAACAGUGCACCCACACCUGCUAGUGUCACCGUCAUGUCUCCAACUACCCCAACCAACCAGGUGACCACCCCCACCUCACCUACCAAAAAGGUAAGCAUACCUGCAGAUAAGAUGUCUCCUAAAGAGGAGGAUAGGAAGGAUGAAUCUCCUGCCUCAUGGAGACUGGGCCUUCGGAAAACUGGGAGUUAUGGAGCACUGGCGGAAAUCAGCACAACUAAAGAGUCGCAGAAAGUGAAGGACACCGCCGGCGUAAUGCGCUCGGCGUCUUCUCCUCGCCUUUCGUCCUCACUGGACAACAAGGACAAAGAAAAGGAGAAGGAGAAGACGCGUUUGGUUGCACCCAUCCCGAGGAGACACGUUAGCACAUCAGACAUCGACGAGAAAGAAAACGGGGAUUCAGCUGCUAGUCUGGUACGUUGCAGCUCCUACACCAGGAGGCGCUGUGAAGAUGAUUUGAAGAACAGCGACGGAAUGAGCUCGCUAAACAGAACCUCCGGCUAUCAGCGCAGUACGUCUCACACGCUAGCGUUAGGCCGCACGUCUAGCUCUCGCGACCUGCCCGCCAAAUCGCCUUCUGCCUCCAGUCUGGAACCUAACAACUCUAAAGCCUGGCAGCAGCCUUCUUCCUACUACCAGUCUUACAGCAUUCACCACAGUAGCUCCUAUGGAAGGAGGCAUGACGAUGCUUUAAGUUCCACCUCCUCCACCACGACGACGACCUCCACCUCCUCCGUAACCUCACCCACAGGACACUGCAGCCUGUUCUCCAGAUAUUGGGCAGAGGAGAGUGCGGACAAGGAGAAAGAGAAGGAGUCGGCCACAGUCCUCCCCACGAUCAACACUGCAGCCACCACCACUACCACCUCCACUACUGGAACUGUACUGGGCUCCGAUGGACGAGAAAGACGCAGAUCAUACCUCACCCCUGUGCGUGACGAAGAGUCCGAGUCUCAGAGGAAAGCUAGAUCCAAACAGGCGCGGCAGUCCAGGAGGUCCACACAGGGUGUGACCUUAACUGAUCUCCAGGAGGCAAAGAAGACCAUCGGUCACGCUCGCCCCACGCGGCCUCGAGAAGACGAGAAAGAAGAAAAGGAGAAACAGGACAAAGAGAAACAGGAGGAGAAGAAAGAGACCGAGACCAAGGAGGAUGACUACAGGUCACGAUACCGCAGCUUUGAGGAGAAGUAUCGUAGCACUUCCUCCUUAACCUCCACCACCACGGCUUCCUCCACCCUGCCCUCCUCCUCGUCCAGCAGCACCUCUUCUCUCUAUAGCACCUCCUCUGUGAACAGGCCCAACAGCCUAACUGGCCUUACCUCCACCUACGGCCUCUCCACACGCGACAUUGAGCGAGGGUCUGAUAGAAAAGAAAAGGAUGAGGACAAGGAUGGAGAGGACAAGUCUCAACCUCGCUCCAUACGAGACCGCAGACGACCACGAGAGAAAAGACGUUCCACUGGAGUAUCCUUCUGGACCCAGGAUAGUGACGAGAAUGAUCCGGAUCAGCCGUCAGAUUCAGAAGAUGGCAGCACUAAAGGAGAGUCACAGAGCGACAGACUAUCCAGGAAUGACCCUGUCUCUACUAGCACUUACGACCGCUAUGAGAGCCGUCGGCCGUACUUGCGCCUCGACAGAGAUGACUCCACUGAUUAUAAAAAGCUUUAUGAGCAGAUCUUAGCUGAAAACGAAAAGUUGAAAGCUCAGUUACGUGAUACAGAUCUGGAGCUAUCUGACCUGAAGCUGCAGUUGGAGAAGGCCACACAGAGGCAGGAGCGCUUUGCUGACCGAUCACAGCUGGAAAUGGAGAAAAGGGUUGCAGGCAGGUCUCAGUCCCACCUGAGUGCUAUGGGAAAGAAGAGCUCUAGAAAGGAAGAUCUCUGAGAUGGAGGAGGAACUGAAGACGCUACCAGACUUGAAAGCAGACAACCAGAGACUAAAGGACGAAAACGGUGCGCUGAUCCGAGUUAUUAGCAAGCUUUCCAAAUAGAAAAGAAGCUCUCCCGUUGCACAUCUAGAUAUUAAUACGAGACAACAGCAACAAGAAGGCUCCGUCGCAACUUCUGUUUCUCAGUCCCUCGCUUUUCCACGCUUCUCUACUCCAUCUAACGCCCGACGGCCCACACAGAACCACUGCGUUUACAGAACUAAGGAAAAGCGCUAGACGAGUGAAUGGCAUUGAACCUUUGCUGGCGGGGAAUGCCUGAAAAAAACAAAACUAUUUAACCAAUAAGCCUUAGUUGUACAUACGUCACUUGCAUCAGUUUCUCUUGGCUGUCACGGAACACCUGAUUUUAUUUGUGCCACACUUUUUUUUGUUGUUGCUCUGCUCUUUAAUCUCUUCCUGUAUAGGUGUGGUAUGCAAUGUGCAGCUCUAGCUCUAUUUCCUACUUCCUGACCAACCUCCCCAUUGCGCUCGAAGUCCCGCCUCCGAGUCGGAGGCACUGUCUCUCAGCAGAAGACUUCCCAGCAUUCAAUGUUGGCGCACAAAUCCCGUUUACUCUCCUCCCGUGCACGCACACACACUCUAUACACUUUCGUCUCGCUCGGCAACUCAGACCGAGCGAGUCAAUGGACCUCUGGCUCUACAGAACAGGUGGACCUUGUGGAAUCUAAGCUUUCACUUGUAUGUGCAAUAUACGCAUUUAUUUCUUCUAAAAAUGCUUUAAGAAUGAGUCCAUCACUAGUAAAUGUUCACUUCCAUGGCUCACCCGAUUUCCUUCCUCUUUCCCUUCUCCUUUUCUCCCGUUUCUUUAAGUUUGUAGUGUAGUCGUUGGUUUAUAUCUUGUACUCCUCACGUUGUUUUAGCAGGUACUGAGUGAAGUUGUAUAUACCUGUAUGUAUUGUUUGAGACGGCACAUGGCAUGCGUUUAUGGUUACCUGUCUGUUACUAUUGAAAUAUACCAACUCCAGAGGACAACAAAGUGUGUUUUAACUAUUUUCUUCUUUUAUAGUCUAAAUAGUCAUUGAAUAACAAUAGAGCCCCACCCUCUUGGAAGGGAAGGUGCCGCAGGUGUUCAGUGCAUUCUUUUCAGUUUUAAGUGUUCACAGUAAUUGUGAGAUGAUGAUGAUAAUAUAAUUGCUUCACUACAUUUCACUCAUUUUAUUCAGUAUCUUUGGAAGAGUGCUGUUCAUUUCCGCCCCCCCCCCCCCCCCCUUUUUUGGUCCCCCUUUUUAUUUUAUUUUUUUAAGCUGUAGUGUUAGCCAAGGUGUUGUCACUAAAAAGAAAAGCCUAGAUAUUGCUAACUCAGUCCUUUUUACAAUGUCUACAUGCACUGUCAAUGCCAUGUCAGGAGUCGUGCUGUCCGGUUUAGCGAACUUUUUUGCCACCACGUAAGAUGAAGUCCAUGCAUCUGAAACAUGUUUUAUGCAUUUCAGUGGCCUUUUAAUUAAAAUACUGUAGUCGAAAUAAAAAAAGAUGUCGCUGUAGUUGGACUGUCAGCAGUCUCCGCUUUGGUUUAAAGGUUUUAAAAAAUGUUUUUUUUUUUUUUUUUUUUUUUUUUUCCUUUUUAAAUUUCCCAUCAUCUUGUAAAAUAGAUGUGUGGCUUCAUCCGUGCAAGCUGUGCUGUGACUACCAACCACUGAGAGUUCAUUAAAAUAAACUUGUACAUUGUAAAAAUCUCUUCGCCUUUUGUGUCCUGUUUGUUUUUUGAUUUCUCUGAAGAACUUGGUGUAUUUAAAUAUGAGAAGUCAAUACAUUUUGGGGGGAUUUUCAUGGUGUUAAAUGCUAUUUAAAAAAAAAAAAAAAAACUAGGUCACAUUUUAUUUUACAGUGUUCAUGUUACUGUGUAUUUACAUGGAUAGUUACUGAAUAAACGACAUGUAUUUACUGUGUAA